AUGAAAUCACUGUUUAACAUUGUCUUGAUUUUUUUAUUAAUCUAUUGUAUUAGUACUCAUAUUGAUACUUUGCAUUAUACUACUAUUGUCACAUUUGGUGAUUCGACAACUGAUACCGGUAAUGCCUAUCGAAUUUCAAAUCAUACUUGGCCACCUGUACCUCCAUUCAAUUCAAAUGGUGGUUUUGCAGAUGAUCUUCUUUGGAAUCAAAUAUUCACUCAACAAUUAUUACGUAAUGCGACAUUACAAGAUUAUUCUUAUGGUAGUGCUACGACUGAUAAUCAAUUAGUUCAAGGUACAAUGAGUGAUGCUCCAAAUCUAAUUGCUAAUUAUUCAAUUCGAAAUAAUACAAAACCACCGAGUGUUCGACAACAAAUAUCUGAAUAUAUCAAUACAACAAUGAAUGAAAGUAUUGAUUUUGAUCAAACACUCUAUGUUAUUUGGGUUGGUAUCAAUAAUUAUAAUUUUAAUAAAUCCUUAACACCAUUACAAACUGUCGAAAGUAUAAUCAAAUGUUUAAAUCAAUUAAUAUUCUUCGGUGCAAGAAAUUUAGUCGUUAUUAAUGAACCACCAUUUGAUCGAUUUCCAGCAUUUCGAAAUAAAAAUACAACAAAUACAACGAAAUAUUUAUAUCUUCAACAUAAUGAAAUUUUAUUUGAAAAAAUUAAUGAAAUAUAUUUAUCAUUAAAUAGUCGACUUCAUAUUCAUUUAUUUGAUAGUUAUACAUUUAUUUCAAAAAUCAUAAAUAAUUAUGCGAAUUAUAGAUUUGAAAAUUUAGAUAAUUGUUGGGAUACAGAAAGUAAUUCAACUGUUAUAAUUAAAUGUCAAAAUGUAACAAAAAGAAUAUUUACUGAUGAAUAUCAUUUAACAUCAGCAAUGCAAAUAUUAUUUGCAAAAGAAUUUUAUUUUACAUUAGCGGGAUCAAAUUCAACAUCGAAAGGAAUAAGUUUUAUAUCAAUGAAUUUUCAUUUAUUUAUUGUUGAAGUUUGUAUAAUUUUUCUUUUGAAAUAA